GGAAAGGAGCUGUGGAGAAGGCGGGCCCAGUUGCGGGACCCGCUGCUGGGUGACAGCGAGGGUCCAGCCGGGCGGGCGGUGAGAGGAGAUCAGGAUGGUAGGGGAACGGCGAGCAGGGAACCUUAUGGUACCCUUGGGGCCUCGGCUGCAGGCAUACCCUGAAGAACUCCUUCGACAGAGGCCUGGACAUGAUGGCCAUCCCGAAUACCUGAUCCGCUGGAGUGUCCUCAAGUGUAGCGAAGAGGGCAAAGUGAGCUCAGAGGAGGAGAAGACAGAGCAUCUCCUCAUGUGGCUAUCAGCCCCAGAGGUCUAUGCCAACUGCCCCAUGCUACUGAGGGAGCGGCCACUACCUAAAGGCCCACAGCACGAACCCACUGGAGAGGUGGGAAGCUUCCCACGAGACCCUGGAGGAGUGGAUGAGUUGGCAAUGACAGAGAUGGAGGCCGAUGUCCGGGCGCUGGUGCGCAGGGCUGCCAGGCAGCUGGCGGAGGGUGGGACCUCGAGCCUGACGGCCGCCGUGCUUCACACCGUCCACGUGCUCAGUGCCUAUGCCAGCAUCGGGCCUCUCACCGGAGUCUUCAGGGAGACCGGCGCCCUGGAUCUGCUCAUGCACAUGCUGUGCAAUCCUGAGCCUCAGAUCCGUCGGAGUGCAGGCAAGAUGCUCCAGGCUCUGGCAGCCCAUGAUGCUGGGAGCCGGGCUCACGUCCUUCUGUCACUGAGCCAGCAUGACGGCAUCGAGCAGCACAUGGACUUUGACAGCCGCUACACUUUACUGGAGCUGUUUGCGGAGACCACGUCCACAGAGGAGCACUGCAUGGCCUUGGAGGGCAUCCACCUUCCCCAGAUCCCUGGGAAGCUGCUCUUCUCCCUGGUGAAGCGCUACCUCUGUGUCACCUCCCUGCUGGAUCAACUGAAUAACAGCCCAGAGUCAGGAGCUGGAGACCAGAGCUCCCCGUGUCUCACAAAGAAGAGCCGGGCACAGCGGGAGCUGGAGUUCAGUAUGGCCAUGGGCAACCUCAUUUCAGAGCUGGUGCGGAGCGUGGGCUGGGCACGGAACCUCAGUGAGCAGGGCACGUUACCGCCCAGGCCAUCCCGAUCCAUCUUCCAGCCGUGCAUCUCAGGCCCUCCGCCACUGCUGCUGCCCACCAUCGUCACUACACCCCGGAAGCAAGGGCGGGCCUUCCGAGGUCGUUCUGAAUUUUCUAGCCGCAGUGGUUAUGGUGAAUAUGUUCAGCAGACGGUGCAGCCCGGCAUGCGGGUUCGCAUCCUGGAUGACUACGAGGAGGUCAGUGCCGGGGACGAGGGCGAGUUCCAGCAGAGCAACAAUGGCGUGCCCCCUGUGCAGGUCUUCUGGCAGUCGACUGGCCGCACCUACUGGGUACACUGGCAUAUGCUAGAGCUCCUGGGGCCAGAGGAAGCUCCUGGGGAUUCAGCAACAGCAGCCGUGGAGAAGGGAGCAGGGGCAGCUGUACUGGGCACAGUGUGUCCCUCCUGGGACUGGAAGCCCACACAUGGCCUGUACCCACUGCCGUAUCUCCAGCCCAAACCCCAGAAGAAUGAGGAGCCAGGGUACCUGACCCAGGCAGAGUGGUGGGAGCUACUGUUCUUCAUCAGGAAGUUGGACUUGGGUGAACAGCAGCCAAUUUUCCAGAAUCUGCAUGAGAAACUGGAUGAGGAGGCCCUGGGAGAAAAGGCUCUGGGGGAGCUCUCUGUGCCCAUAGAGACGGCUGAGAGUGUACUGCAGGUCCUCAGCAACCGCUUUGAGGGCGGCAACCUCUGCGACCUGCUCACCUCCCGCAUCUACACCAAGUACGGGCUACUGCCCAAGGAACUGGGGAGCUUGCCAGCUUCACGGCGUCACUCCUGUACCCCAGAGCCAGAGGAAAGGUCAAAGUCAGCUGCCAGCGUCUCAGAGAAGGAAGAGGCCUGCAGAGCCAACGCUGCGCCCCCAAAGGCAGAGAUGGAGCUUGCCAGUGCAAAGACAGGGCCCCCCAAAGCGCAGAGUGACUCCCAGCUGUUUAAUCAGCUUCUGGUGACUGAGGGGAUGACCCUGUCCCCCGAAACACAGGAGGCAGCUACUGAAAUGGCCAGAGCCUUGCGGGGUCCUGGUCCACGCAGCUCCCUGGAUCAGCAUGUGGCAGCGGUCUUGGACACUGUGCAGAUCUCCAGCCUGGAUACGAACCUGCAGCUGUCAGGGCUCUGUGCCCUCUCCCAGGCUGUGGAGGAGGUCACUGAGCGGGACCACCCCCUGGUCCGUCCCGACAGGUCCUUGAGAGAGAAGCUCGUGAAGAUGCUGGUGGAUUUGCUAACCAACCAGGUGGGAGAGAAGAUGGUGGUGGUGAUGGCCCUGCGCCUCCUCUACCUGCUCAUGACCAAGCAUGAAUGGCGUCCGCUCUUUGCCAGGGAGGGUGGCAUCUACGCUGUGCUGAUUUGCAUGCAAGAGUACAAGACAUCCGUCUUGGUGCAGCAGGCAGGACUGGCAGCGCUCAAGAUGCUGGCCAUUGCUAAUUCCUCUGACGCGCCCACUCUCACCAGCCGAGAUUCCAUCCAACCUCUGUUUGAUACCCAGAUGACCAGAGAGAUCUUUGCCAGCAUCGACUCCGCCACCCGCCCAGGCUCCGAGAGCUUGCUCCGCAGUGUACCUGCCGCUGUGAUCCUGAUGCUGAACACGGAGGGGUGCUCCUCUGCAGUGAGAAACGGCCUGCUUCUACUCAACCUGCUUCUGUGCGAUCACCACACUCUGGGGGACCAGAUCAUAACGCAGGAGCUGAGGGACGCCUUGUUUAGGCACUCGGGGAUAGCUCCGGGGACAGAGCCAAUGCCCACCACACGCACCAUCCUCACGAUGCUCCUCAGUCGCUACUCAGAGCCACGGGGAAGUCCUGAGCGAGCAGUGCUGGAGACCCCAAGCACCCAGGGUCAGGAUGGGUCCCCCGAGUCGCUCAUCCGGUCCCUGGUGGGGGACCCGUCAGCAGAACUCUUCCUGGACUUGGAGCGCGUGCUGUGCCAUGAAGGCAGCCCUCCAGCUGCCGUGAGGCCCCUCCUCAGGCGCCUCCAGCAGGAAACGCAGCCAUUCCUCCUGUUGCUGCGGACUCUAGAUGCCCCCGGGCCCAACAGAACUCUGCUGCUCACAAUACUCAGGGUCAUGACACGGCUGCUGGAUUACCCUGAGACAAUGGUCCUCCCCUGGCACGAGGUCUUGGAGCCCUGUCUCAACUGCUUGAAUCUGCCAAGCAGUGACUCUGAGGUUGUCCAGGAGCUGACCUGCUUCCUGCAUCGCCUGGCUCUGACGCAGAAAGACUAUGCGGUGGUGCUUUGCUGCCUGGGGGGCAAGGAAGCCCUCUCCAGAGUCCUGGACAAGCACUCUGCCCAGCUCCUGCUGGCCUCGGAGCUGCGCCACCUGGUGACGGAGUGUGAGAAGUAUGCCCAGCUCUGCAGCAACCUCACCUCGAGCAUCCUGGCAGGCUGCAUCCAGAUGGUGCUGGGCCAGAUUGAAGACCACAGGCGAACCUACAAGCCCAUCAAUAUCCCCUUCUUUGAUGUGUUCCUCAGGCAUCUCUGCCAGGGCUCCAGUGUGGAGGUGAAGGAAGACAGGUGCUGGGAGAAAGUGGAGGUGUCCUCGAACCCACACCGGGCCAGCAAGCUGACAGACCGCAACCCCAAGACCUACUGGGAGUCCAAUGGCAGCACUGGCUCCCACUCCAUCACCUUACACAUGCACCGUGGUGUUCUUAUUAGGCAGCUGACCCUGCUUGUGGCCAGUGAAGAUUCAAGUUACAUGCCAGCCAGGGUGGUGGUGUUUGGGGGUGACAAUGUUGGCUGCAUCAGCACAGAACUUAACACGGUAAACGUGAUGCCCUCUGCCAGCCGCGUAACCCUCCUGGAGAACCUGACCCGUUUCUGGCCCAUCAUCCAGAUCCGAAUAAAGCGCUGCCAGCAGGGUGGUAUCGACACUCGGGUUCGGGGUGUGGAGGUGCUGGGCCCCAAGCCCACAUUCUGGCCAUUGUUCCGGGAGCAACUAUGCAGACGUACUUGUCUCUUCUACACAAUUCGGGCACAAGCAUGGAGCCAGGACAUAGCCGAGGACCGCCAGCGCCUCCUACAGCUCUAUCCUAGGCUGAACAGAGUUUUGCGCCAUGAACAGAAUUUUGCCGAUCGCUUUCUCCCUGAUGAUGAGGCCGCCCAGGCACUGGGCAAGACGUGCUGGGAGGCGCUGGUCAGCCCCCUGGUGCAGAACAUUACCUCCCCCGAUGCAGGGGGUAUGAGCUCCCUGGGAUGGCUGCUGGACCAGUACCUAGAACACAGGGAGAGUGUGCGGAGCUGCCAGGGUCCCGCAGCUUCCUUUGCUUCUCAAGUUCGGCGCCUGUGCCGCUUGCUGGUACAUGUGGAAGCCCCUCCCGGGCCUUCUCCUGAGCCGUCCUCGCAGCCCUUCGGCAAGAACAGUAAGGGUCACGAUGGAAGCCCCACACCGGCACCAGCUCCGGUCUGUCCCAGCACCAGCCUUCGGAACAUCACCCAGUGCUGGCUGAGUGUGGUGCAGGGACAGGUCAGCAGAUUCCUGGCCGCAGCCUGGAGGGCCUCAGACUUUGUGCCCCGUUACUGUAACCUCUAUCAGUGCUUGCAAAGCGCGGGCUCAGAGCUGUUCGGGCCGCGGGCUGCCUUCACUCUGGCUCUGCGCAGUGGCUUCUCCGGAGCUCUGCUACAGCAGUCCUUCCUCACGGCUGCUCAUAUAAGCGAGCAGUUUGCUAGGCACAUUGACCAACAAAUCCAUGGUGGUUUGCUUGGCGGAGCAGCUGGAGUGGGAAUGCUGGGGCAGCUCCAGCGGCACCUCGAGCCCAUCAUGGUCCUUUCUGGCCUAGAGCUGGCCACGACGUUUGAGCACUUCUAUCAGCACUACAUGGCUGACCGUCUCCUGAGCUUGGGCUCAAGCUGGCUGGAGGGGGCCGUGCUGGAGCAGAUUGGUCCCUGCUUCCCCAACCGCCUCCCGCAGCUGAUGCUGCAAAGCCUGCACACCUCAGAGGAGCUGCAGCGUCGCUUCCACCUCUUCCAGCUGCAGCAGCUCGACAGGCAGCUCUUGGAACAGGGAGACCAGGAGGAAUGGAGGCCAGGGAAAGUGGAGGAAGAAGAUGAGGGACAGGAGACUGGAAGAGAGCUCCUUACAGACCCAGGACCAGUCGUUUCCAUCCUGGUCCUGUCACCGCGCUGCUGGCCGGUCUCCCCACUGUGUUACUUGCACCGCCCCAGAAAGUGCCUACCCGCGGAGCUCUGCGAUGCCCUUGAGCGCUUCUCCAGCUUCUACAGCCACAGUCAGAACUGCCCAGUCUUGAACAUAGGACCACACCGGCGACUUCAGUGGACCUGGCUGGGCCGGGCUGAGCUGCAGUUUGGGGACCAGACCCUGCAGGUGUCCACUGUGCAGAUGUGGUUGCUGCUGAACUUCAACCAGUCAGAGGAGGUGUCAGUAGAGACCUUGUUGAGGAAUUCUGACCUCUCUCCAGAGCUCCUGCACCAGGCCCUUCUGCCCCUCACCUCUGACAGUGGUCCUUUAACACUGGAGGAGGCUCAGGACUAUCCCCAGAGGGGGGUGCUGCGACUUCGUGAGCCUAGGUCUCAGACCCAUGAAGAGGUCCUGUGGCUGAUACCUCCCCAGACGUAUCUCAGUGUAGAAAAGGAUGAGGGCCGGACCUUGGAACAGAAGAGGAACCUCUUGAGCUGCCUUCUUGUCCGGAUCCUCAAAGCCCACGGGGAGAAAGGCCUGCACAUCGAUCAGCUGGUUUGUCUGGUGCUGGAGGCCUGGCAGAAGGGUCCAGAUCCACCUGGGCGCCUAGGCAACGCAGCAGCAGUAGGCGUGGCCUGCUCCAGCACAGAUGUUCUCUCCUGCAUCCUGCAUCUCCUGGGCCAGGGCUAUGUGGAACGGCGUGAUGACCGGCCCCAGGUCCUGAUGUAUGCCACCCCAGAGCCCAUGGGGCCCUGCCGGGGUCAGGCAGAUGUCCCCUUUUGUGGCAACAAGAGCGCUGAGACCUCCAAACCUAGCCCAGAAGCUGUGGUGGCCCUGGCAUCUCUGCAGCUGCCUGCAGGCCGUACCAUGAGUCCCCAGGAGGUAGAAGGAUUGAUGGAGCAGACGGUGCGGCAGGUGCAGGAGACGCUGAACUUGGAGCCAGAUGUCGCUCAGCACCUUCUGGCUCAUUCCCACUGGGGCACGGAGCAGCUGCUGCAGAGCUACAGCGAUGACCCAGAACCACUGCUCCUUGCGGCAGGGCUGCGAGUACCCCAGGCCCAGGUGGUCCCCACUCGCCCUGACCAAUGCCCUGUGUGCGUCAGCCCCCUUGGGCCCCAUGACGACUCGCCCUCCCUCUGCUGCCUGCACUGCUGCUGUAAGUCUUGCUGGAACGAGUACCUGACAACUCGGAUAGAACAAAACUUUGUGCUGAACUGUACCUGCCCCAUCGCUGACUGUCCUGCCCAGCCCACUGGAGCCUUCAUCCGUAACAUUGUCUCCUCCCCAGAGGUCAUCUCUAAGUACGAGAAGGCUCUUCUGCGAGGCUAUGUGGAGAGCUGCUCCAAUCUGACAUGGUGCACCAACCCUCAGGGCUGUGACCGCAUCCUAUGCCGCCAGGGCCUGGGCAGUGGCACCACCUGCUCCAAGUGCGGCUGGGCCUCUUGCUUCAGCUGUAGUUUUCCCGAGGCACACUACCCUGCCAGCUGUGGCCACAUGUCGCAGUGGGUGGAUGAUGGUGGCUACUAUGACGGCAUGAGCGUGGAGGCCCAGAGCAAGCACUUGGCCAAGCUCAUCUCCAAACGCUGCCCCAGCUGUCAGGCCCCGAUUGAGAAGAACGAGGGGUGUCUGCACAUGACCUGUGCGAGAUGUAACCAUGGGUUCUGCUGGCGCUGCCUCAAGUCCUGGAAGCCAAGCCACAAGGACUACUACAACUGCUCUGCCAUGGUAAGCAAAGCCGCUCGCCAGGAGAAACGGUUUCAGGACUACAACGAGAGGUGUACCUUCCAUCAUCAGGCCCGGGAGUUUGCUGUCAACCUGCGGAACCAGGCCUCUGCCAUCCAAGAGGUGCCACCGCCCAAAUCCUUCACCUUCCUGCAAGAUGCCUGCCGGGCCCUUGAGCAGGCUCGAAAGGUGCUGGCCUAUGCCUGUGUCUACAGCUUCUACAGCCAGGACACGGAGUGCAUGGAUGUGGUGGAGCAGCAGACAGAGAGCCUGGAGCUGCACACGAAUGCCCUGCAGAUCCUGCUCGAGGAGACCCUGCUGCGCUGCCGGGACCUGGCCUCUUCGCUGCGCUUCCUGCGGGCGGAUUGCCUCAGCACGGGCACAGAGCUGCUCCGAAGGAUCCAGGAGAGGCUGCUGGCCAUCCUACAGCACUCCACCCAGGACUUCCGGGUUGGGCUGCAGAGUCCCUCGGUAGAGACCCGGGAGGUGAAAGGGUCCAACGUGCCCAGUGAUCAGCCCCAGGGCCCCUCAGGGCUAGAAGUGGAAGAUGAAGAGGAGGAAGAGGAGGAGGAAGAGGAGGAUGUGCUUGAGUGGCAGCAUGAGUUUGAAGAGGAACUAGACAAUGAUACCUUCUCCUACGACGAGGAGUCUGAGACCCUGGACCAAGAGACCUUCUUCUUUGGUGAUGAGGAUGACGACGAUGAGUCCUACGACUGAGUGGAAAGGGCAGGAAACACCUGGAGCUGCCCCGGCACAGGGCCGCCCAGUGUCAUGGGAGAGGGGAUUCCCAGUGUCUGAAGCACCUUCUGUUUACUGAAUAAACCUCUUU